AUGACGGCUGUGUCUUGCAGCGUGUUGCGCAGUGCCGCUGGACGGGACCGCUUGAACGGUGGGACUUUCAGGAUGCUUGGCUUGGCAGUUCUGGGCGCCAGCACUCUCUUUCUGUUGAAAGCCAUCAUGGAUGUGAGUGUGCUGGUGCGCCUGCUGGGUGAGAGGCCGGUUCCGCUGGAAACUGAAGCUUUCCUUCUGGCCCAGGUGCCACUGGCAUUUGUGGCAUGGUACGGCUUCCAGGGUGGAUAUGGAACAUUGAUCCAGCACGGCCUCCCAAAGUUUAAGUUCUCAGUUCGUGCGGAAAAGGGUCGAACUUGGUUGCUGACUCUGCUGGCAGUUGGUUAUGCUGCCACAGCUAUACACCAGGUGAUUUGGGGCAGCGCUUGCCUCUUCACUGGUCCCUUCACUUUGGGAGCCCUGCGGUGCUUUGUGGUGGCGGCCGUGGCGCAUGUUUGCCAGGAGAGCCCAGGAUUGGAUGACGUGGACCAGAUCUAUUUGUCAGAUGGAGAUGGGUCAGGUCAGGUGUCAUCCUAUUACAAGCGAAAGAAAGGGAAAGCCGAGCCGGCGCCUGAGGGACACGGGCGACGCACCUGGAUUUCAGCUGCAUUCCGAGAGAAGCCCAGUGGCUAUGGCACUUCUGGCAACCGGACAAAGCUGCUGCCGGUGUCAGGACGAAUUGCUGGUGCUACUGCGGACUUCUAUUUGUUUGUCUCUGGAGAUGAGGUAGAUCCUGACCAACAAGUUACUCUACCUGCCAUGAGUCUGGACGGAGGUUCGGAAGAGGAAUACCAAGGGUACUGGGACUGGAACUCCCGGAAUACCCGUUCUUUGGGCGACGAGUGGGUCGAGCGUAUGGCACAUCCACAAGUGAACUGCGAGUCCUACUGGUACAACACAUCAACCGGGAUCACAAGCUACGAGCAGCCUGCAGUGGGAACCACUGCCGUGUCAGCAGUCGACCUGAGCUGCGACCUGCUUCAGGAAGGCCCUGUUUGGACCUUCACACCUUUCGAACUGAAAUCCAUCAUGCGCGAAGGUCACGCUGAAGACUUUGGCUUCACAGCUGAAGAAUUGGCAAAGCGAGCUUGCUAUGAGUUUGAGACUUGGUUGCCGCGGGUCCUGUCAUGGCACGACUACCAGUAUCGUUGCUUCUGGUUUUUUGGAGGGAAAGAUACAAACGACAGAAACCGCGACUCCGGCGCUUCCAAGAGUUUUUUCAGCUCUGACGCAGAAGCAAGUCGCCAGCUUUUUGCCGAUGAUGAGUUCUUUGAGGCGUGCACGCGCUUGCUGUGCCAAAGGUUGGAGCGGAUGCAUCCCAUCAAUCUGACGUAUUUCGUUUGGACCUAUGCUCGUGCAGGAGUGUAUCAUGAAGAGUUGCUGCAAGCUGUGGCCGAGCACUUCUGCAAGGGCUGGCUUCCCACCAUGGAUCGUUGUUCAUUAGGCACCAUGGUUUGGAACUUCUCAAAGCUGGAGUUCCGUCAUGAUAGAUACUUCGAGCUUUCUGCACAGGAGCUCUAUCGUCCAAAUCGGUUGCGGUCUUUGGCGCCUCGCAAUUUUCAAAACAGCAUGAUCGCCUUCAGCAAGCGAAAACAUUGGAACGCCAAGCUCUUCGAAGCUUUUUGUCGUGGCAUCCCCCGCUUAUUGGACAACCAUGAUCCAAAGUUCCCGAAGACAGACACGGAGGUUCUCUUCUCCUACACCUGUAGAGAUGGGAGUGAGGUUCCUGCAGAUGCCUUCCGCAUUGGUUCGCUCACGGUGAUCACCAAAGGCUUCCAGGACCUGCGCGCCCACGGCCCAGCGGUCGAGGAGUGCAUGAACUCCAUGCUAAGCUACGUCCGGCGCAGUGUGGAGCGGUCUCCCGCCAUGAUGCGCGAAGCUGGAGAUGCCUGCAACUUCCUGCGUCAAUUAGGUAAGUUCACCCCGACUGCCUCGGGCAAGGAUUCUAUGCUGCUGCAACUGGGCACCCACCCUGCGGACAGCGCCAAGGAUCUGUCAGGCAUGCUGAGCAACAUCAACCUGGAAGAGAUGUGCAAGAAUGCUCCAGAGAGAGCAGUUGGACAAAUGCAGGUGCCCUUUUCUGACGGCUUCACUGCGAAAAGCGGGGCUGGACUGACAGGAACUCCCCCUGCAGCUGGAGUCAAAAUAGGUCAGACGGCCGCAGUGGCUGGUCCCAAGCGAUUGAGCUCGGAGACAUACAGGACUCUGAACCUGGCCCUGAUCCUGGAUGGCGUGGCACGCAUUGCUAUUUUGGUGGCCACGGCAGACAAGCCGCCCGCCCUACUGGCAAGCGUUCUGGUCUUUCCAGCGGUGGAUCUGUUUUGUGCCCUUGGCGGCUGGUUGAUUGGAAAGUACUACAAGCCUUGA